AUGACCAUGACCAUGAGUGACCAUGACCAUGACCAUGACCAUGACCAUGGCUGUGUCCUGGUCAGCCAUGACCAUGGCCUCUUCCUUGGGUCUCUCCUGGCCCACCAUGACCAUGACCAUGACCAUGACCAUGACCAUGGCUGUGUCCUGGUCAGCCAUGACCAUGGCCUCUUCCUUGGGUCUCUCCUGGCCCACCAUGACCAUGACUGCAGCCUCUGGCGCUACGUCCGUGCCAGCGCCUCCUACACCCCCUACCUGCCACCUCUCUGCGACCCCAAGGACAGCCAUUGGCUGGUGGACGGCUGCUAUGUAAACAAUGUGCCAGGCUCGCUCUGGCGCUACGUGCGUGCCAGCAUGACCCUCUCUGGGUACCUGCCACCACUCUGUGACCCCAAGGAUGGCAACCUGCUGAUGGAUGGGGGCUACAUCAACAACCUGCCAGCUGACAUUGCCCGCAGCAUGGGUGCCAAGACCGUGAUCGCCAUCGACGUGGGCAGCCAGGAUGAGACUGACCUCUGCAACUAUGGGGACAGCCUCUCGGGGUGGUGGCUCCUCUGGAAACGUCUCAACCCUUGGGCUGAGAAGGUCAAGGUGCCCGACAUGGCAGAGAUCCAAUCGCGCUUGGCCUACGUCUCCUGCGUGCGGCAGCUGGAGGUGGUCAAGUCCAGCUCCUACUGCGAGUACAUUCGGCCUCCCAUCGACCGCUUCAAGACCAUGGACUUCGGCAAGUUCGACGAGAUCUACGCCGUGGGCUACGAGCACGGGAAGAUGAUCUUCGAGGGCUGGCACCGAGGGGACCUGAUCCAGCAGAUGGUGCAGGAUCGGCGCUCGGCUGACUUCUACCAGAGCAAGCGCAAGGAUGCGCUGAGCUGUGCCAGCGCAGGCUUCACAGACCUGGCCGAGAUCGUGUCCCGCAUCGAGCCCGCCCAGCCCUGCCCCUCCGACGCCUGCCCCGACGAGGAGUCAGACUACCUCACUGAGUACGAGGAUGAAGGCCCCGACCCGGCCCGAGGGGAGGAGGAGACCUCUGCAGAGUGGCCCAGUGGAGGCCUCCUGGAGGCUGAGGAAGAGGAGCAGCUCCUUCGCCACCGCUCCGGCGCCACCCCCCAGGCCUCCUCUUCCUCCUCUUCCUCACCUCCUGGGAGGGGUCCCCUUGCCUAAGUCCCCUCCAGUGUCCCCCACCCCCCCCCCCCCCCGACUUUGUGGCACUUUCCCCUUUCACCUGGGGCUGUCCCCAAGCUGGAGGUGACCUCAAGGUUGUCCCCAACCUGGGAGUGACCUCAGAGUUGUCCUCAAGGUAGGAGUGACCUUGAGGUUGUCCCCAACCUGGAGGUGACCUCCAGGCUGUCCCCAACCCCGAGGUGACCUUGAGGUUGUCCCCACCUUGGAGGUGACCUCGAGUCUGUCUCCAAGGUGAAGGUGACAUCAAGGUUGUCCCCAACCUGGGGGUGACCUCAGAGUUGUCCCCAAGCUGGGAGUGACUUUGAGGUUGUCCCCACCUUGGAGGUGACCUCAAGGUUGUCCCCAAGCUGGGAGUGACUUUGAGGUUGUUCCUAUCCUGGAGGUGACCUUGAGGCUGUCCCCAAGGUGAAGGUGACCUUGAGGUUGUCCCCAACCUGGGAGUGACCUCAGAGUUGUCCCCAAGGUGGAGGUGACCUCAGAGUUGUCCCCAAGCUGGGAGUGACUUUGAGGUUGUCCCCAACCUGGAGGUGACCUCAGAGUUGUCCUCAAGCUGGAGGUGGCCUCGAGGCUGUCCCCAACCCCGAGGUGACCUUGAGGUUGUCCCCAAGGUGGAGGUGACCUUGAGGCUGUCUGCACCCUGGAGGUGACCUCAAGGUUGUCCCCAACCCCGAGGUGACCUUGAGGUUGUCCCCAAGCUGAAGG